CAGACAAACUUAACCCCUCUUCCCGACGCGACGAUUUUUCUAACAACUUCAUAAACUUAUCGCCGAUGACCCCAGCCGAUUUUAUCAUCUCGUCGUGACGCGCUUCCAUCGAUCCUAUCGAAUCCCAUCGGUAUCGAUACAAUUCUCGACGACUUAAAAGUACGGCAUCCUCCGAAUCCGAAAAAAAAACACUACCACCAAAUAUCAUAGCCAGUCCUGGCCGAACGCCUCGCUAGCUCGGCGCGGCAGCAGCCACCACUAACGCGCCCAUGUGGUGGUUCUUUCGCAUCGUCUCCAGUUCCAUCUUCUUGCUGAUCAUCGUCCUGUCUAUACCCGUCUCCUUCGAUGUAGGCGGACGCGAUAGUGGGCUGGCUUACAGCCUUUCCCUAUUCCUCUUCUACCUUUUCUACAGCUCCGUUAAGCUAGCUACCCCCGAGAACUCGCGUGUAAGAUGGGCAUUUACCAAGCUUCUUCAAACCUCCCAAUGGGUUGUGAUUCCUACGCUUCUAAUAUGGUCUCUUCACAACUUUGCCGUUGAUGCCAACAGCACCGACUGGGUAUCGAGAACAAUCGGCGGCCUCGGGACUCACAAACACAGUACCUGGACUGACUGGUUUUUCGGCAAUGGUGGUCUGGUAGAAUCAGUCACCCUCGGUGGUUGGGAUAAGACUCUACGUUACUCUAGUCCUGUUUUCCAACUUGCUGAAGGAUUCUGCACACUGUUGGUCAUCCAGGCUGCUGGUUGGAUCUCACGGGAGCUCGUGAACAGAGGAAGAAGCGACACCUGGGUCCUCAUUCUCCUAAUCUUGUCGGCUUCCAUCAUUGCCAGCUCCGUCUACUUCUUGUGGCGGGUCGCAUUGUUCCCCUCUAUCAACAAUGUUGAUGCGAUACUUAUCGGCGUGACCGUCACUUCUGCAAUUUUCCUAGGGGCUAUAGGAAUUAGUACUGGUCGUGGAAAUCCUGUCGAGUCGUCUCUACUAUUCGCCUACGUCGUUCUAUGCGUCUACCAGAUAUUCACAGACUAUGUCCAAUCACCGGAGGCCCAAGCCGCCGCUGCGGAGCAAGCUGCCAACCAACCGGAAUUCCCACCCCUCCCGCCUAUCAUCAUGGCAAGCUACUCAACUCUUCUCCACCUAUUCAACUUCCUACCUUCAGCCGUAUACUCGUCAUUAAGUUUUCUCUAUGCGGCAUUUCAGACUAUCGCGCCUUCCGUGAUGAUCUCUCUAGUUUACCGACUGAUCGUGUUCUAUUGCGCAACUCGUAUCAUUCCAGCAGUGCGAGAGUCAGGUAUCGCAGCUCUUAUCAAUGAGCCUUCUUUCGAUGACUCGGACGACGCAAACCGCCUAUUAGGUUUUCUCUCUUGGUUCUCACCUUCAAUACUCAUCGCCGUCUACACAAGCCUCUUGUUGCAGCACUUUUCUGCCAGCGACGGUGACGAAGGUUGGACACUCCGGCACGGUGAUGCAGGAGGCAACACUUGGCGUUGGGUUAAUGUUGCCGCUACGAUGAUUCUGUAUGCCAACGAGUUACGUAUAGGCAACGAGCAUCUGAAGACGGACUGAAUGAGAUCAAUCAUUAGUCUUAGCAGGGUAAAGAUGAUGGUGUUUUUUACGUUGCCUGUGGUAUAACACAGACCUGGAACGACAGGCGACGAAGGCUUCCUUAGGAGGGAGGUCGUAUGUAUUUCGACGUUUGUCGACGAUUGUCGUGAUUGAUUGUUGGCAGCAGCAU